CUCCACUCUCUUCUUCGUGAGCAAUUCUUUCAUUCAAGGAAUCUAUUCCUUUUAGUCCUUCUUAUCAUCCACGAUGAAUACUUCACUACUGGGUCGCACUGCGCGUGGUGCUCUCAACGUAACCAAGGCCACAUCCAGUAGCCUUAGCAGACGGUGUGCCUCUUCCUCCGCUGCCAGAUUCGAUUGGCAGGAUCCGUUGAAUGCCGCAAAUCUCUAUACCCCGGAAGAAUUGGCCAUUGCGGAGACAGCGAGACAGUACUGCCAGGAACGUUUGAUGCCAAGGGUACUGGAGGCAUAUCGGAAUGAGGACUACGACAAGACAAUGCUACAAGAGAUGGGAGAGCUGGGUUUGCUAGGAGCUACGAUUGAGGGAUAUGGUUGCGCCGGUGUUAGCACCGUCGCCUCCGGGCUGAUCACGAAGGAAGUGGAGCGUGUUGACUCUGGUUUCCGAUCUGGCAUGUCCGUGCAGAGCUCCCUGAUAAUGACUGGCAUUCAUGAAUUCGGUACCAAAGAGCUAAAGGAGAAAUAUCUUCCCGGUCUCGCCAAGGGCAAGCUAAUCGGCUGCUUUGGGCUUACUGAGCCUAAUCAUGGAUCCGAUCCCGGCUCUAUGGAGACUGUCGCGAGAUCGCAUCCCACGAAGAAGGGAUACUACUCCCUCACCGGCGCGAAGACCUGGAUCACUAACUCCCCUAUCUCCGAUCUUUUCCUUGUCUGGGCUAAACUUGAGUCCACCGGUAAAAUCAAGGGCUUCAUCGUCCAGCGCGAUCAAUGCCCUCCUGGCACGCUGGAGACACCAGCUAUCAAGAAUAAAACGGCCCUCCGCGCCUCGAUCACCGGCAUGAUCCAGCUCGACAACUGUCCCGUCCCAGAAGAAAACAUGCUCCCCGAUGUCGAAGGUCUCGUGGGUCCCUUUACAUGUCUCAACAGCGCGAGAUUGGGCAUAGCGUUUGGAACUAUGGGUGCGUUGGAAGACUGCAUUGACCGAGCACGAACAUAUUCCAUUGAGAGGAAGCAAUUCAAGGGUAAUCCGCUGGCCAAGUACCAGCUGAUUCAGAAGAAACUCGCCGACGCGGCCACCGAUGCGGCUUAUGGUACUCUAGCGGCCGUUCAGGUUGCGAGAUUGAAGGAUGAGGGCAAGUGCACGCCGGAGAUGAUUUCGAUGACCAAGAGGCAGAACUGCGACAGGGCGCUUGUGGGUGCCAGAACUUUACAGGAGGUCUUUGGCGGUAACGCUGCUAGCGACGAGUACCACAUCGGCCGCCACGUUGCCAACCUUUUUGUUGCGCAGACAUACGAAGGGCAGAGUGAUAUCCACAGUUUGAUUCUCGGUAGAGCCAUCACCGGCGUCCAGGCUUUCUGCUAGAUUUAGGUUAUUUUUUUUUUCCCAGUCCCUUCUGUACAAAACCGGUUUUGUUGCUUUGAUUGUCGCAGCGGCGUGGAGUUACUUAUAUAGAUUGUUAGAUAAGCAACCCU